CAAGAUGUUUGGAUCUGUCAGAGCCAGUUUAUUGAACAAAAGAACAGUUUAUUCUAUUCAGCCCAUAUCAACAAGAAGCUACUACAGACUGUUUUCUUGCACUCGUGCUAUUCAAAGUGAUUCUUUGACUGCUAUCGCUGUUCCCAUUCAUCGUAAAAGUGCUGCUGCUUACUCUACCAACACCACUGCUGAAUCUACUAAAGGAUCUGCUGCUAUAGAUAAUAAUUCAGAUGUUAAACACUCUCAUACUGGCGCUGCCAUUGACGAUCCCACUGAACAUGAUCAGGAUUUUAUUGUAGCCAUUCCCACUGGUCCAAUGGAGAAUCCAAACUAUCACAAAGGAACUGUUUGGUUCGACAACAUCUUUCCAUUCCAUCUUGGUCUGCUGGAUCCUCGCACCUAUUGGGUCAAAUACUAUUCGAAAAGGUUUAUUCUUCACCAACGCUGGUCUCGCUUGAUCCCUCCAUGGUUUCCUUCUGGUGCCGAGUUUCAGUUUAGAGAGGCUGAGCCUAACUUGAAAGAAGGUGGCCUUUAUCUCAAGUUCAAGUACAAGGGCGGGACUAUUGAAGAGGCCAUAGAAGCUAUUCAGGCUCAUGUACAUUCUACAGGCAUUCGGUCCAUCUUCAACUUUGGUCGCAUCAAUGCAUUCGAAGUCAAGGGACGUCCUUGGGUUGAAGACAUGGUUUUUAGAAUUCCUUCCAGACGCUUGCAUGUGGAAUUCCAUGGUCCUGAUCUAUCCGUUGAACAAUUGUACAGGGAGUUUCGCAGCUUUGGUCGCAUCAUGGAUAUUACCAUCCAACCUUCGUCCAUCAAAGAUCUUCCUAGAUUUGCAUCAGUCGAGUUUGUGAACAAGCGAUCGGCUACCAGUGCUCGUAACUGCAUUCAUGGCGAGUUGAUUGAUGGAACCCGAGUGCAUAUCGGCUAUGAAAAGGUCAAGAGUAGCUUUUCCUUUUGGAACUGGGCCAUUUCCAAUCUGCGCAUAUCUAUCCCCAUCCUGCUGGCUGUUACUGCUGCCCUGUCCUAUAUCGUAUUUGAUCCUCUAAGGGUUUUUUCGAUUGUCAGUAAACUCACCGAUAGGUUCAGUUUUGAAAAAUACACCGAGACUGCAGGUGCUAUGUGGAAUGGUGCCCAAUCAUCUAUAUCCGCUUUGAUUUCUGCUACUGGGUAUUCCAGCAUGGACAGAUCUAAAAUUAAAAAUGUAAGAUCUACUAAUCAGGGCUGGGAUGAGCGGGAAACUGAAGCAAAACGACUCGAGCUACACUAUAAGCAGGCUCCAGAGACUUUGGUAAUUGUCCAUGGACCAAAGGGUUCUGGAAAGUCGGAGCUGGUUCGUAAAUCUUUGGAGCAUCACAAAAAAAAGCUUUUUAUUCACUGUGAGGAUUUGGUUGGCCAACCCGAAUACGUCCUCAUCACUCGUCUGGCUUCCCAAGUCAAUUUUUUCCCGUCGUUUGGAUUCAUGUCUCAAAUUACAACGUUUAUGGAUGCUAUCAUCACUGCCACUACUGGUGCCAAGGCUGGUUUGGGAACAACAAAGGAAACUGAGAUACGCAAGAUUCUCGAUUGCGUAACCAAAGCCGUAACAGACCUUACUCUAGAUCAGCGCGAAGCUCGACAGAAAGUGCUAGACGAGCUGGUUGACAAGAACGAUGAGUAUAAUCACUCAUUGAGUGUUCCAGAGAUUGAAUAUCCAGUGAUUGUCAUUGACGGGUUUCUUGGCAAAGAAAAUGCUCGAGGCCACUUUUUGUAUGACAUGAUGGCCGAGUGGGCUGCAGUGACGGCCACACAAUACAAAGUUGCACACGUUAUAUUUAUUAGCGACAAUCCUGCUGCUGUGCGAGAGAUAGGAAAAGUGAUUCCCACUAAAUCUGUCGAAACAUUUAUUCUCAAUGAUGCUACACCCGAGACUGCACUUGCAUAUGUACAUCGACGACUUCCUGAGCUGGAUACCAAGUCUUUAUGGCCCAGCAUUGAGCCCCUUGGCGGUCGUUUGCAUGACUUGGACCUUUUAAUUCAAAAGAUUCAUGCUGGCCUAACUCCCACUGAUGCAUUUGAUGAUAUACUGCACCGGUCAGUUACAGAGCUCCGUAAAAUUGGUCUCAACGAAGAGGCAGACAAAUCCAAGCACGAAUGGAAUGAUGUUCAAUUUUGGAAGAUUGUGCAGAUGCUGAGCAAAUUUGACGAGGUACCGUUUGACCACUUGGUUAUGCAUCCCAUUUUUAAAGGAGAUACGCAGGCUUUGUCUCAAAUGGAACGCAAUGGGUUAAUUACUCUUAUUCAUUCACAUGGUCGACCUUACACCAUUCGACCAGGAAAACCCAUUUACAGAUCUGCUUUCACCCUUAUGACUCAAGACACCCGACUUGUUUCGACCAUGGGAAUUCUCACAGCAAAACAGCUUAUAUCAGACGAAGAAAAAAAAGUGAGGGUAAUGGAAGAAGAGAUGUGUCAGUUGGGAUUGUUACAAGCCCACGAUGGAAUAUCUACCGCAUCUUUUUGGACAGGUGGAUCAAACCACAUUCAAUCUCGGAUGGACUAUCUUGCAUCCAAGUUGGGUGAUUCUGCCAAAAAGAUUUCCAACUGGAACAACGAGGAGGCUCGAUAUAGGAAGGAACUCAAGCUGAUCGAGUAGAAACCCUAGUUGACAUGAUUACACAUUUGUAUUGAAAAGCAAAAUAAAAACAUUCAAUUUAUUCUCAAAUA